UUCUCCAGACAUGCUCCCCGAGGCCAGCUCCCUGUGGCUACUUCAGCUGCUCCGGGACACUCAGCUGGCCCAGUUUUAUCGGCCCAUCCUUGAAGAACUUAAUGUCACUAGGCCAGAGCAUUUCGACUUUGUAAGGCCUGAGGACCUGGAUGGAAUUGGCAUGGGCAGACCUGCCCAGCGCAGACUGGCUGAAUCUCUGAAGAGAUACCGUUCAGGAAUCAAGCCUAAGAACUGGGUCUACAAGAUCCUGGGGGGAUUUGCCCCUGAGCAGAGGAAGACCACUACACCCUCAGAGAGCUUGCCAGUCCUCCCAGAGCCAGAUGGGGGCCUCAAAUGUCUGAUCCCAGAAGGUGCUGUGUGCAGAGGCAAGCUGUUGGGUUCAGGCUGCUUUGGUGUGGUACAUCAAGGGCUAUGGACACUGCCCAAUGGCCAGACUAUCCCAGUGGCUGUCAAAUCCCUUAGGGCGGGUCCUGAAGGUCCAGUAGGCACUGAGCUGGGAGACUUUCUCCGAGAGGUGUCCAUCAUGAUGAACCUGGAGCACCCACAUGUGCUGCAACUGCAUGGCCUAGUAUUGGGCCAGCCUCUGCAGAUGGUGAUGGAGCUGGCACCACUGGGCUCCCUGCAUGCACGCCUAACUGCCCCAGCCCCAACACCUCCACUUCCCGUGGUCCUGCUCUGCCUCUUCCUGAGGCAGUUAGCAGGGGCCAUGGCCUACCUGGGGGCCCGCGGGCUGGUGCACCGGGACCUUGCUACCCGCAACUUGCUGCUGGCCUCCCCACAGACCAUUAAAGUGGCCGACUUCGGGCUGGUGCGGCCUCUAGGUGGCGCCCACGGGCGCUAUGUCAUGGGCGGGCCCCGCCCCAUCCCCUAUGCCUGGUGUGCCCCAGAGAGCCUGCACCAAGGAGCCUUCUCGUCCGCCUCCGAUGUGUGGAUGUUUGGAGUGACGCUGUGGGAGAUGUUCUCUGGAGGCGAAGAACCCUGGGCUGGGGUCCCACCAUAUCUCAUUCUGCAUCGGCUGGAGAAGGAACGAGCUCGGCUGCCAAGGCCUCCCCUCUGUUCUAGAGCCCUCUACUCGAUUGCCUUGCGUUGCUGGGCCCCCCACCCUGCGGAUCGUCCAAGCUUUGCCAACCUGGAAGGGCUGCUCCAAGAGGCCUGGCCUCGUGAGGGAAGAUGUGUGAGAGAUGUCACCGAGUCAGGUGCUUUGCGGAUGGAGUCUGGUGACCCCAUCACUAUCAUCGAGGGCAGCCCAGACUCUACAACCUGGAAAGGCCAGAAUGGUCGCACCUUCAAAAUGGGCAACUUCCCAGCCUCAGCAGUGACACUGGUGGAUUUAGGGGGCCCACUAGCUACCCGUCCAGUCCACAGAGGCUCCCCACUCAGGGGAGAGCGACACCAAGGAAGCACAGAUAGGGACAGAGAGAAGGCAAAUCUUUGGAAUCUACCAGCCGCACGAGGCCAGAGAAGGAAUGUGCCCUUGCAAAAAAUGAAAGGCAUUUCCAAGAGUCUGGAGUCAGUUCUGUCCUUGGGCCCUCGCCCAACAGGGGGUGGUUCAAGCCCCCCAGAACUUCGACAUGCCAGAGCUGUUCCCCGAGGACCCACAGACCUACCUCCACGCCCUACUUUUGCCUCCAGCUCUUCUCAGCCCAGCCAGCCCCCCAGGGCACGGCCUCCCUUACCCAAAAGAGAACUCCCCCACACCCAAUGCCCUGGAGCACCCGGAGCCAAUAAAGCCACUUCCCCUUCUGGAAGCCCCUUGCCUGACCUUGAGUGGCAGAGGAAGAUUAUAGAGGUAGAGCUGAGCGUGCAUGGAGUCACCCACCAGGAGUGCCAGGUGGCUCUGAGAGCCUCUGGAGGAGAUGUGGUUACAGCCAUUCGGAAUCUCAAGGUAGACCACCUUUUCCACCUGAGUAGCCGGUCCAGAGCUGACUGCCGGCGCAUCCUGGAGCAUUACCAGUGGGACCUCUCAGCCGCCAGCCGCUACGUCCUGGCCCGGUCCUGAGUUCUGCUUCCUUGGGCACAGACACCAGCAUAGAGCACCUGAAGCCCUCACAGGGCUGGUUACUGAGGACCAAGCAGGGUCAGAAAAGGUCUUCAGAGAGGCAGACUUUCCUACCUGCUGUAGCAGGAAUGGAAGAACCCAGGGGAGUCCAGGAUCAGGCACUGAUUAUCUCCUCCCUACCCUGCCCUCUGGCCUCCAAGGGCCAAAGAACCAUUAACCAUGCCAAGAAGGAUCUAUACCAUGCCUGAGAUGAGGAGGACUGAGAGGAAAGGAAGCUUCUACUUGUUGCAAUGAUGAAGUGGUCAUCCUCAAUUAGAUACCUCAGUGGAUGCUAUGGGGCAUCCAUCUUGCAUGAUGGAAGCAGCCAUAUUGAAUUGGGGCACAUGACUCCAAAUGUCUUGAUAGGAUCCAGAGCCACCAUGGGUAAUGAAAAUUGCCCUCUUGGACUCAGAGGCAUUUGGUCCUAACAGCACGGAUUAACUACAACAGCUCAACUAUUGUUAGUUCCUUUUGAUUUUUCCCCAUACCAACUUUCUUCUAUCUUCCCCAAUUACAUACAUCUUCCAAUGUUCAAAAAGUUACAAAGUUUAUAUGAAUACAACAUA